AUGACAACUCUAAGUGGUAGUCAUCAUAUUGAUAACAACCUCACUGCAAAGAGCAAGACUCUCAGGGAGUUGGAUAUGUUGGAACAGAAAAGAUUCAAUCCAUUGUUAAAUUUAGUUAAUAAUCAAAGAAUCGUCGAGGUCCCAGAACUAACUCUGGAGUCAGGUGCAACUAUCAGAAACUUCCCGAUAGCUUAUAAGACAUGGGGGAAACUGAACGAAACCGGUGAUAAUUGUAUUGUCAUUUGCCAUGCUCUUACUGGUUCUUCAGAUGUUUCAGAUUGGUGGGCUCCUCUGCUGGGUAAAGACAAAGCUUUUGACCCUUCAAGAUUCUUCAUCGUGUGUUUGAAUUCAAUGGGGUCUCCAUACGGUUCAUUUUCACCUCUCUCAGUAAACGAGGACACUGGCAGACCUUACGGUCCAGAGUUCCCAUUGUGCACGAUUCGUGAUGAUGUUAGGGCUCACAGAUUAGUAUUAGACUCGUUAGGGGUUAAAUCGUUGGCUUCAGUCAUCGGUGGUUCAAUGGGUGGUAUGCUAGCUCUUGAAUGGGCUACUCUUUAUGAUAAACAAUACGUUAAUAAUUUAGUUGCAUUAGCUACCUCAGCAAGACAUUCUGCAUGGUGCAUCUCUUGGUCGGAAGCACAAAGACAAGCAAUUUACUCGGAUCCAAAAUAUGCAAAUGGUUACUAUACCCCAGAAAAUCCUCCUGUUUCUGGACUCUCUGCUGCAAGAAUGUCGGCAUUACUGACUUAUCGUUCAAGAAACAGUUUUGAAACUAAAUUCUCAAGAAGAUCUCCAUCACUCCUACAACAACAAAAAUCGAAAAAUGCACAAGCUGUAGCAAGUCAACUGGGUCAAAGUUCUUGCCCUUCAAUCAACGAACACUCUUUGCAUAUCCAUAACGACGGGAAUAAAAAUUUAAAUAAUGACAAUAAUGAUAAAAAUUCAAGUAUUGUAUCACCAAACACACCAAGAGGCUCCAUCAGCUCUUUAUCUUCUAUGACAUCAGCAGGCUCAGCUGCAGCAACAGUGGAAGGUAAACUAGUGAAACCAGCCCAAACAUACUUCUCAGCACAAAGUUAUUUGCGUUAUCAAGGUGCCAAAUUCAUCAAUAGAUUCGAUGCAAACUGUUACAUUGCAAUCACAAGAAAAUUAGAUACUCACGACUUGGCUCGUGACAGAUUUGAAUAUGACGAAGACAUCACACGUGUUCUGAAUUCUAUCUCUCAACCAACAUUAAUAAUCGGUAUUCGAAGUGAUGGUUUAUUUACUUUCCCAGAACAAGAAUUUUUAUCUGAAUACAUCCCAAAUUCAACUUUAAAAGAAAUCAAAUCAAUGGAAGGUCAUGACGCAUUUUUAUUAGAAUUCGAGUUGAUUAAUAAUUACAUAGUAGAUUUUUUGAAAGUAAAUGCUAAAAGCUUUAUGGAUAGAGCUCCAGUUCAAUGGGCUGAAGAUAUCGCUGGCGAUGGAAUUAAUAAUUCAGUUUUUGGUGAAGCUGAAGAAGUUACUAAUUGGUAG